UCCGCUUUUGAUUGUUCACCGGUGGUUUGAACUGGUGUCAGAAAUCCUCCGAGAAUAAGGUGCUGCCUCAAUUGGGGCUGAUAGGGUAUCCAUGCGCCUGGCAUAGAGCAGUCGCUGGCCGUCAUACGAGUGUCACGCGUUCCAGUAUGGAUGUUGUGCCAAGGUUCUAUCGUGAUGCACUCGCUUUUUCAUCAAAUGGACACGCCCAUUCCCCGGUUGGGUUAAACAUACAUUGCAGGGAACCAUGCGGCGAGUCGAAAGGCUGGCUGAGCUUGGACUCCCGAGCAACCAGAUGUGGUUAUGUGCACGACAGCAAAGCUCCGCAGGUGGUGAAACACCAGAGCCAGGAUACGAAUAUUCGACGAAAGUCAUGUUAUAAAACCGCCCUGGCUCUUGUGGUUGACAUUCACCUGGUCGAUCCCGAAGGUUAUGACCCACCACCACCAGCAUAUGAUGAUGCGAUAAAGGAUCUGCCUCCGGAAUACUCUGCGCUGGCUCCCUUGGCUCAACAAAAGGACCUGAUCCAAGACUCCGCGCCAGCACGGACUGCAGAUGACACCAAGUCCAGGAGAGCGUCUCGAUCGAUUGACUUUGAAUCGACGUCUGGCAUUCGGGAAAAUAAGGGAAAGAAAAAGAAGAAGCCAGCACAACCCCAGCGACAGAACUCACCGCCAGCCGAGGAGAGCGGUGGUAACAAUGCCGAGGGCGGAGAUGAGCCCAACGGUGACGGUACCGGAGAUGGAGGCGAUACUGGUGAUGGCAGCAAUGGAGGGGAUGGUAACGGUGGAGACGGCAAUGGUGGCGGCGAUGGAGGUGGCGAUGGAGGUGACGGAGGUGACGGUGACGGUGAUGAUAACUGGAACGCAUGGAAUACAACUUCCACCAAGAAGAGUAAGAAAAAGAAGAAAGAGGAGGAAGAGGAACGACUGAAGAAAGAAGAAGAAGAGAGGCAAGCCAAGGAAGAAAGGGAGAGACUGGCCAAAGAAGAGGAGGAACGGAAGGCAAAGGAAGAAGAGGAACAGAAAGCGAGAGAAGAGGAGGAGAGACUGGCCAAGGAAGAGGAGGAACGGAAGGCCAAAGAGGAGGAAGAGAAAAAGGCUGCCGAAGAAGCCGCUGCCGCUGCAUCCAACAACCUGAAUUGGGCUGAUCAGGGUGAUGGAAAUGGCGACGAUUCUUGGGCAUUUACUACUACCACUAGUAAGAAAAAGAAGAAGAAAGGCAAGGCCGCGGACGCAGUUCCACCUGAGCCGGCGUCGAACGGGUUUCAGGAUGUUAGCUUGAGUGACAACGUGCCGCAGCUGGAUCUGAGACACCCUCCCCCAGCCCCUGCAACCAACUUCAACUUCGGUUGGGGCCAAGGCUGGGGUUCUAACGAUAAAUGGGGCCUCAACACGUUGAACGGCGCGGAAGACAAAGGAAAAUCGGAUAACCCCUGGUCCUUCUCCGGGAAUAAUAACCUAGCAAAUGCUUCAGUUGGGUUCGGCUUCGGUGGUGGUGAUUUUGGAGAUAUCCCGGGUUCUAAUGAUGUCAGUGCUCCUCCAGAAGGAAAGACUGAGGAUGACAUCUGGGCCGGCUUUGGCGCGGCUACGAAAAAGGACAAGAAGAAAAAGAAGAAGGGGUCAGAGGAGGAACUCCCCGUCGACCCUGAGCCCACGCCCAUUGAAGAGCCCGAACCCCAAGCCGAGCCUGAGCCUGAGCCUGCACCAGUAGUGGAAAGUCCCUGGGAUACAGGUCUUUCCAAGAAGGAGAAACGCAAGGCAAAGAAGGGCAAGGCUGUCGAGGAACCAGCUCCAGAACCUCUUGUUGAAGAGCCAAAAUCAGACGACGCUUGGGCGGCCCUUGAGGAGAAGCAAGAGCCAGAGAAGCCGCUGGAGGUUGCCGACGACGACAACUGGGGCUGGGGCAUGUCUACUACCAAAAAGGACAAGAAAAAGAAGAAGGGUGCUGCGGCGGAAGUUCUUCCCGUAGAAGAGCCUGCUGCAGAGGAGCCUCCUGCAGAAGAGCCCCCUGCACCCGAACCACCUGCUCCGGAGCCACCAGCGGAGCCUGAACCCGUUGAGGAGAAGAAAGAUGAGGAUGACUGGUCAACGUGGAGUGCCCCCAAGAAGGACAAAAAGAAGAAGAAGGGCAAGGCUAUUGAGCUGGAGCCGGAACCACAGCCCGACCCUGUGCCGGAGCCUGAGGUAGUACCAGAGCCGGAGCCAGAACCAACACCAGAACCGGGACCAGUCCUUGAGCCUGAGCCUGAACCUGAACCUGAACCUCAACCUGAGCCCGAACCCGAGCCCGAGCCGGAGAAGAAGGCCCCGGAGAUACCAGACAGCCCUCUUUAUAACAACUGGCACACCCUUUCAUCUAAAGACCGGAAGAAGCGGGAAAAGCAACUGGUCAAGAAGGGUCUUCCGAUUCCCGGUAAAGAUUUCGAGCUCCCAGUACCAGGAGCCGAGCCUCCUGAGCCAGAGCCAGAGCCAGAGCCAGUACCUGAACCAGUUCAAGAGCCGGAGCCUGUUCCUGAACCCGAGCCCGAGCCUGAGGUAGUGCCGGAGCCAGAACCAGCGCCAGAGCCGGAACCCGUCCUUGAACCUGAACCUGAGCCUGAACCAGCUCCCGCACCAGAACCAGCAGAGCCCGAGCCCGAGCCCGAACCGGUUCAAGAGCUCGAACCUGUUCCUGAACCUGAGCCUGAGCCUGAGGUCAAAGCUCCCGAGAUUCCAGACAGCCCUCUCUAUAACAACUGGCAUACCCUCUCGUCCAAAGAUCGCAAGAAACGAGAGAAGCAGCUAGUCAAGAAGGGACUGCCUAUUCCUGGUAAAGAUUUUGAGUUACCAGUGCCAGGAGCUGAACCUCCAAAGGAACCUGAGCCGGUGCCAGAGCCAGAGCCAGAACCGGUGUCAGAGCCGGUUCAAGAAGCAGAGCCAGCCCCAGAGCCAGCUCCAGAGAUUGAACCAGAGCUAGAGGUGGUACCAGAGCCGGCAGCGGAGCCUGAGCCUGAGCCUGAGCCUGUCAUAGAGCCAGAGCCAGUGCCUGAGCCCGUCCCCGAACCUCAAGAACCAGAACCAGAGCCGAUUCCCGAGCCAGCUCCCGAGCCAAUUCCUGAAGCGGUUCCAGAGCAAACCUACCAAGAUGAUAGUUGGGGAAUCUUAAGCACUUCGAAGGACAAAAAGAAGAAGAAGAAGAACAAGAUCGCCGUCGAGCCCCCACCGCCCGCACCUACCCCUCCUUCUUUUGGAUUCACUGCCGAGCCAGAAGGCUUCGUGCCUACUGAGCAUGUGCCCGAGGAGCCACUUUGGGAUGAGUACGAUAGCAAACCUUCGAAGGGAUUUCAGGAUGAUUAUCUGGCGGAAGAAGCACCUAAACCGGCCAAGGGAUUCUGGGCCAGUUUCGGUGUUCCAACCAUGAGCAAAUCCAAGUCUACCAAGAAGAAGUCGACCGAAAAGGCCAAAGCAAUCGAGGUGGCACCAGAGCCUGAGCCUGAGCCAGUUCCCAGCCAACCCGAGGAUGAUUUACUUAUUGACGUUGGUGAUGAUUUCAAGAUGCCCGAAGCGCCCGAGGCGCCAAUCCCGCCAGUUGUCGACGAACCACCCGCGCCAGCCGCGCCGCCAGCGAAGACUUCUGUUGUCACCAACAAGACCAAGUCAUCGGCCAAAUUGUCACUCGCAGAGCGAAUCAACGCUUUGGAGCGGAAGAAGGACAAGGCAGCAAAGGCAGAGCCUACCCCGCCCCCGGAAGAACCUGAACCUCAACCCGAACCUGUGGAGUUCUUCGACCCCGAGCCGUUUAAGAAGCCCUAUAGGGAUGUGGUCCCUGGGAGCUUUCCGGACGCAUUUGACGACGACUACGAGGAAUUCUACGACGUACCACCACCUGCCCCGGAACCUCCAGCACCCGGGCCGGAGCCAGCCCUCGAACCUGAGCCGGAACCAGAGCCAGCGCCAGAACCUGAACCUGAACCUGUCCUUGAACCUGUCCUUGAACCUGUCCUUGAACCUGAGCCUGUGCCUGAGCCUGAGCCCGCUCCUGCGCCGGUGUCAUUGUCAAAGAAGGCGAAGAAGAAGGAUAAGAAGAAGUCAAAGGCUAUUGUCCUCGAGCCCGUGCCUGAGCCGAUACCUGAACCUGUCCCUGAGCCAGCAUUCGAACCGGUAGCUGAACCCGCGCCCGAGCCAGUGCCGGAGCCGAUACCUGAGCCAGUUGCAGAACCAGAACCGGAGCCGGAGCCACAGCCUGAACCACAGCCUGAGCUCGAGCCCGAGCCUGCUCCGGUACCUGCUCCUGUCUCGAAAACCGAAAAGAAGAAAAAGAAGAAGAGGAUCGUUGUCCCAGAGCCAGAGCCAGAGCCAGAGCCCGCUCCUGUACCGGAGCCAGAGCCUGUCCUUGAACUUGAGCCUGAACCUGUCCCCGAGCCUGAGCCUGAACCUCAACGCGAACUCGAACCCGAACCGGAGCCGGAGCCAGAACCUGAACCGGUAUAUGUUCCUGCCCCUCCUGAGCUACCAAUCGAGCAAGAGCGGGGAUUCCAGCCAGAGUUCGACGAGCCACCUGCUCCAAAGCCUGAAAAGCCGAAGAAGAGGAGCAAAAAGGUCGCUAGUUUAGAACAAGCAGCGCCAGUCAUGGAACCAAUGCCUGCCGAAGCUGAACCAGCCGACGCAGCUGAAGCAGUUGGUGUAGAUACAGGUCACCCUCCUACGCCCCCUCCAGAGGCAGAGCCGGUACCUGAAAAGCCGGUGAAGAAAGAGCGCGUUCGUCUUGAGCGUGCUCCAGGUUCGACCUCUUGGGGAUUCUGGAGUGCUACGCCACAAAAGCAGCCCUCCCAUAGGGAGCGUAGGCCAAGACGGGAGCCCUCACCGCCCAUGGUGAGGUCAAAGUCGGCCAGACAGCCGAAGUCGAGGGACCCUGACGAGGGGGAGAAGUCUCCCUCUGACAAGGAUAGACGGCGAGAGGAUCGACGAGAGGACCGACGGGAUGACCGACGGGAGGAUCGACACAGUCGAGGUAUGACUUUUGCUGACUUUGUCCUUGGGGCGCCGCCGCCCACCAGAACCAAGUCGAGUCGAAGGCCUAGACGUCCAUCUAUGGGCAUGGAGGAUGCGGGGUUCCCAACUCCACCACCAGAUGACCAUCGGGACAUUCCGGAUAAGGCAGCCCGCAUGAUGGGUGUGAAUGGCUCAUCCAGGAGGGAAAGACCCCAUGAAUCUCGUAGAAGACCUCGCAACCCUGACUCAUAUGCUGUGGAAGAUGAGGACAUGGUCAUGGUGGAUCGGGAUGACUUUUCCGCUCCAAAGGACGGCUCAAGGGGAUCGAGACAUUCCGACAGACAGUCAAGGCGGAAGUCUCGGUCCAGACGUGGCGAAUUCCCUGAUGAUGCGGUUAUGCUUGACACAGACCAGCACCAUGGACCCGAAGUGUUCUCAGGCCCCGACGAUAUUGCCUUCGUAGAAGCCCCAAGAGAACGACGAGUAAGGCAGUCGAGUACUGCUCCCAAGAAAGAGUCCACAGGCCUCAUGGGCUUCAUUGGUUCUUUGCGCAAGUCCGCUCGUCCAGAACAGCCAGAACGGCGCAAGUCCCGAUCUUAUCGCGAUGACGAUGCCAGAUACAUGACUGAGCCAGAGCGAGAUGAGGCGCGCCGUGCGCGGCGUGACGAAAGAAGGAGACGUUAUGAAAGACCGGAUGCUGAAGGCGAAGAAUUCGUCAACGAGGGCGGUCCGGUGGGUGGUUUCCCGGAGACCGAUGUGGAGGAAGCCGAGGCUAGGAGGGCGGCGCGUAGAGCGCGACGGGCACGACAGGCAGCAUCUGAUCAGCUUCGGGAAAGCGAGUGGCGCGAGGCUGAGGAAAGACGCGAGGCCGAAGAAAGAAGAGCUCGACGCAGGGAAAGGGAGAGAGCCCGUGAGCGUGAGAUGCAAGAGAGAAUGGUCCGCGAGGAGGAGGAGAGGGAAGAAAGACGCCGCGAGGAGAGAAGGGCUCGGCGCGCUGCUCGUGAAGAGCGCCGUGCCCGAGAGGAGCAAGAGGCCCGAGAGGCAGAGGCCCAAGCAGAGGCCGAAGCCAGGGCUGCCGAGCGACGCGAACGCAGAAGGCGGAGGGAGGCAGAGAUGCAAGAAGCCGCCGCGUACGAGCCCCGGUCGAAACGACGAUCCUCUCGUCACCCGGUCGAUGACCGAGCUGCUCGAGACUUCUAUCUCGGCGGCUACAAUGGUGACAGGGCGUACCGUCCAGAGCGCUCUGCAGAAGACGGAGAAAGACCUAAACGCCGGAAAUCCAGGGCCCCCGAAGUGGAACGAGGGCCUCCGAUGAUGUCCGGAGGACGCAAGGAUAAAACUUCGUCCUGGGUACACUCCCAAGAGAGCGAUCCGCCCGAGCCACCCCCGGUCGUUGCAACCGUUCUGGACGUGCCACCGGGCCCAGACGAGCCAACGCAAGCACACUCGGUAUCCUCAGACGAGGAAGCCCGCCGAGAGCUACGACGUCGAGCUCGCAGACGAGCCCGAUACCCCGGCAUGACAGACCAGGAAAUCGACGAGCUGCGGGCGCGUAAGCGCGAGGCACGACGCUCCGAGAAGAGUUCCAAUAGCGCCGAUUACGAACGGGUCCGCGGCCAGCGCUCGUACGAUGAUCGAUAUGCGCCUGCGAGUGGUGGUGGGACGAAGAUGCCGAAUUGGUUCAGAAGACUGACCAACAGGAUUCAUGAUGAAUGAUGAGGAUUAUACGAUGGAAUGAAUGAUAUGCUUGAUGUUGGAUCUGAGGGUUGAUUGAUUUGGAUGAUGCCUUAGCGAGCAUGCUAUGAAUGAUGUACGAUUAUGACUCUGAGAAUGACUCUGCUCAGUGGAUUGAUGUUGUAUCUGUAUUUCGGAAUUUGUCUGGCAAGGAUAGACUUCGUAAGGGCAUUCAGAAUACUGACGAGGCUGGGAAUAGAGGUUUUGAUACUUCGUUGUUGGCAUGCUA